AGCGUUUGAUUGCGUUGCGCAAUUUUAGAAUAUUUCAACUUUCAAUACAAUUUUCGAAAAUAAAUAUUUAAAGAAUCAUGUAUCUGCACUUCAGAAUGUCUCAAAAAGUUUUAACCAGACCGUGCGAUGUAUUGUGCUAAUUUACAAGCCCCUAUACGGAUAUUAAAGCAGUGAAAUCUUAGAAAAUGUGUUGUCACAUCAGCUGGAGGCCAUUUUGUUUACUGAACUGACAAAAAAAAUGGAAACUGACUUUUUUCACUUUAUUGUUUAGUUUUCUAGUGUUAUUUAGAUGUAAAAAUGCUUCAGUCUCGAUAAAAAAAUGGCAGCUAAUGAUGCUGGCACCAGUGAAUUAUUCCCUGGUUGGUCUUCAGUGGUUCAUCAACCAGAAGAUGACCCUGAGGAAUCUGAAUUGCCAUCUACUGUAGAUAUCGGAGCUCUUAUUGCAGAACCUCCUUCAACCAAUCUCGCUCAUAAUGAACCAGAUAGCGAGGAAAGUGAGGAUUCUGAGGCUGACUCAAGUAACUCAGAUGCCAGCGAAGCAUCCCAAGAGUCUUGUACCCACAGCGAUAGCUCCGAUUCGGACAGUUCCUCCAGCUCUCAGGAUUCCUCUUCCCGAUCUCCCAGUCCGGAAUUUUCUGUCACCACAUCCCAAACCAACGGGCUCAGACUCACCAUUGCCACCAUCCGUAAAACUAACAGCCCGAUAAACACCGUAAAAAAGGCCUCGACAGUUAAAUGCCCCGCCAAGAAAGUGAAAGGGCGUAAAAAGAGUUCCACAAGUAGCAGUUCGGAUAGUUCAAGCGACUCUGAGAAUAGCGAGACCGAUAAAUGUGAUCUUAAGACGUCCCCUGUGAAGCAAUCCUUGCAGAAGAAGGCUCCUUUAACUAAAUUACAUUGUAGCAAGUCUGCAAAAGAAGGAGAGAAGGCCAAGGUCGUUAGUACAAAAAGUCGCGCGAAAGAUGUAUCAAGUCCAGUGCAAAAAACCAGAACAAGUAGCAACAGUAGUAAGGAAUCUCAUGCCACAAAAACUCUCUCUGUUAGUAAGGAUUGCAAUUCUUUAUUUGCUAGUGAUCAAAAGGAAAAAGAGGCAGUUAAAUCCAGGUUAAGAUCCAGUGAUGUAAAUAACAUUAAAGAACAAGGAACUCCUAAGUCAAAGAGUAAUCCCAGUGGUAAUGUUAAAGAAACAGAUGUGGACGCAGAAAAAUCAAAACCCGCAAAUGUCUCUAAAGCUUCUACAAAAUCUCGGGGAAGUAGCAGUAAACAGCAAGAAGAGCUUAAAAAUAAGGAACCAGAAGUGUUUGAUGCAAAAUAUUCUGAUGCCACCACAUCGUCUACAAGUAGUAGAACAAAAGAGAGGCUAAAGGCCGAAGAAGCUAAUAAAGUCAGUGAUAAUGAUAAGAACAGUAGAAGCUCGGAAAGUAAAACUAGUAAGAAGAAGCAGAAAACCAGGAAAAAACUGAAGAAGAUGUCAUCAUUGCCACAAUCCAGAAGCUCUACAUAUUUCACAUCAGAUUCGGAGUCAUCCGACGAUUUACUCAGCGCGUCAUGUAGUUUACAAGAAAUACGACAAGAAGAUCUGGCAGCCAUAUUACCCACGCAAAAUGAGUGCAAUGACUUCAGCCAUUUUGAUGAAAAGAACAAGGACUCUCCUGCAACUGGCGAUAUCUCCGACUCGGACAUGGAACUUCCUCAGCAAGCCAUAAACUCACUCAUUCAACGCACCACAGAGUCAUCGAGCGACGGUGAGGGCCAUCAACUUCCCAACCCUCAAACCUUAUUCGCUAAUAGACUGCUUCAGCAAUUCGUACCGACCGAAUCUCUAGUUAAUGCUGCAGACGGUGAAACGCACGAACCUUUGCCCACCUCAGUGAGUGAAAGUUUGAACUCUCCAUCGAAUACUAGUACCGUCAGCAUGGCUAAUUCCCAAAAUAACUCGGUGGCUUCAGGAAGCAAAACACAAACCAGCGAAGAUAUUCAGGGUUCGAGUUUUGAUAGUGGUCAUGUAGAUGUUGCCGUGAAAAGGGGUAGAGGGAGGCCGAAGAGAGGAGUUACGAGGGGCAUUAAGCCGAAAUGUGAAGAGAGAAGUGGCGAGAAGAGCGUGCCAGAGUUUUGUGGUGGGCCCAAUGUUAGUCCUGAUUCAGGGAUUCAAAACAGCCCAGAUCACGUCUCCAGUCCAGAACCGUCAAUUUCAAUGAGAUUAAAGAGCGCCUUUAGAAAAGACGAUUCACAAAAGUCAUCAGAGGCGAAAAUGUCCAGCAAAACUGAGUCCAGUAAACGGGUUUAUUCCAGUUUACGAAGCGUCGAGAGGUUUUCAAAACGAAUUGUAGCACAGGAAAAACAAGGAGAUAAUGUAGAUAAUCUAGAACAGAAAAAAACCGGCGGUACCACCACCAGAAGCCAAGAUUCAAACACUACCAAACCACUCAAAAAAACAUCGCUAAACGCCAGUGAAAAUAUUACCAAAUUUAAACCGUCAACCAAUACAGAUAAAUAUUCAACCAGGCGAUCAUCCCGGGAGAAACAACAAUCAGAUUCCAGCAGGACUUCAUCCCAAGAAAAAAUUAAGGAAGUCCCCGGUAAAACGGUGGAUCGAGCCAAAAGGGAGUGUCAGAAAAAGUUAGCAGAACCUGAAAAGUCGCAGCAAUCUAUCAAGAAACCCAAAUCGGACUCUAGCCGAAAUUCCUCCCAAGAAAAAGUGAAACAAGUACUAAAUAAACCUCCGGUUACUUCGAAUCAGUUUGACCGGGUGCUUUAUGCGAACGCCGAUAGAGUUUUAUACCCGCCCAGGCGAAAAGUUGGCAGGCCUGCUUCGGUUCGAAAACCCGGUAGACCCCCGAGGCAUAAAAGCGAGAAUUUGGAUGGGAAAGUGCAGGAAAAAGUCCCGAAUUGUAAAGGUAAAUCAAGGGGUAGGAUACUUUCCACCUCAGGUAACAGUUUAUCCAAGUCAGGACUAAAAUCAAAAGGGGUCUCCUUAAAAAUCCCGAAAAUUCUACAUUCGAAACAUCGGCACAAGCACAAAAAGAAAAAAUUCAAACUGCUAAAGCCCCUGGUUCUGUCCGACCCGAAGAUCAACCAGGAAAUCGAGAAACUUAUCUGUGAUUUUGUUAAGUUUUGCGUUAUCGCGUCUAAGCAACCUAAAGAAAACGUACCCGAGCAAAUAAUCAAAUCGAUAAAGAAAGUAACGAAAAAAAGAAGAACCACCGAUCAUAUGGAAAAAAAGAAAAAGAAGCAGAACGUUAGUACAACGGUUAAUAAAGUUCCGACCUGUAACGACCAGCGGCUUCCAUUAAAAAAACGCCACUACCAUUUGGUGAGCAGCAGUAGCGAGAAUCAUAAAGAAAAGCAGGAAGUAGAAGAGGAAGUCGAGAAAGUAUCUGAGAAAGUUUUAGAUGAUGGAAAAAGCAAGGCUGAAAAGAAAGAAAAGGUUAAGGAGAAGGAUACCAAGGCACCGAAACCUAGCCCUCUGACUAAGGAUAUUAUUAAUAACAAUGAGUAUGAAUUUAAAUCUGAAAAAACGGAAAAGUCUCUGGUGCACGUAGACGAAGCGAUAGAAGCGUGCAUAAAUAAGUUCGCCGACAAGAAUCUCAAAAUAAACGAAAAAUCACCGGAAAAUAAAGUGGUGCCGGCGACCACGCCGAAAAAACGCCACAGAUUAGAGAAUUUAAAUCUAGAGAUGGAAGAAACCACAUCGGAUCUUAAACCUACCUUGGAAAUUAAAACUGAACAAGUUAACGCCAGUUUCGAGGAAAUCGAAAAGGUGAAGACGUCUAUUACGGUCCAGUCGUUUAUCAACGAGCUUAAAAUCAAAAGAAACUUGAUGAAUCAGAAAAGUGUUGAGAAAGAAGAUACCAAAGCCGACACGAAAGAAGCCGAUAUGAAAAUAAAAAAUGAGGAUGUACAGGCGGCUAAGGUUCAAAAAUCUGUGUUGGUCUCUCCAGAAAGCACAAAAAAGAAAGUGAGAAAAAGAAGAGCUUAUAACAGAACAGGAUUUCCAACUGUGAAAAAGAAAAAGAAAAAACUCAUUAGUGCAACAGAAGAGGACGAAAAGCAGGAAAUCGCUGAAGAAGCAAAUGGUAACAUCGAAGCUGCAGUGUGUGAUAGAGUGCCUCAAGAGGGUGAAGAAGUACAAACAUUUGUCGAGCGUAGCAGUAGAAACAAUUCAAUGCAAGAUCUGACGAGAAUCGAUAGAAGUGCCAAAUUUAGUAGACAUUUUUCGGAAGACAUAAGCGAUUGCGAAAGUCUUCCGUUGGAUGAACGGAUCGAUUUUGAUGCGGACGGUUGCAGCAGUCGUUCUGAAAGCGUCGUUGAUAAAGGAGAAGGCGAUUACGAAACAUUGUCUCUCCUAGAGACGUCAAUCGAGCGACUAAAAUCAAGAUUGGACCCGAAAAAAAGAAAAAGGGGCACUGAUAAAGGACUUAGGCAACCAGAUCCGCCAGCAAAUACGUAUCCGAAACGCCGGAGAAGAGAAGUUUCUCCGGCCAGUAGCAUAGAACCGUCGUUGGAUAAUCGACUGAGAGAUAGCACCAGUGCAUCGGGAGACGAACUCACUAAGAAAAACAAAAAAGGACCGAAAUGGAAAAAGAAGUAUUUACUGGCCGGAUUAUUUUCAGAUUAUUAUAAGCAAGACGAGACUUCUCGUCAGGAAACCGUAAAGUUGUCGAAAAAUGUCGUAUACAAUCCGGAGGAACACCCUUACGGCUUAUUACCUCCCCCUUACCACUGCGGUAAAUAUUUACGGUAUCGCAAAGUUGAUUUUCAACUACCGUAUGAUAUUUGGUGGCAGCAUACGCACGAGCAGCUCUCUGGCAAGGAUAUUGUGCCUUCUUGGAACUAUCGCAAAAUCCGAACAAACGUUUACAACGUAAAAAAUAACGGGGCCGCUUGCGAGCCCCAAAACUGUAAUUGCAAAUCGACAGAAGAGUGCGGGGACGAUUGCAUCAAUCGUCUCGUGUUUGCCGAGUGUCCGACAUCUCAUCGGUGCAAAAAUCAACGGAUACAGAAACACGACUGGGCACCUGGAAUAGAAAAAUUCAUGACUUCAGAUAAAGGUUGGGGCGUACGUACAAGAGAACCGAUAAAACAAGGCGAGUUUAUUCUGGAAUACGUAGGCGAAGUUGUGUCCGAUCAUGAGUUUAAAGAACGCAUGAACAGUAUUUAUAUUAAUGACACUCACCAUUAUUGUUUACAUUUGGACAGUGGCCUUGUUAUAGACGGACAUCGUAUGGGUGGCGAUGGUAGAUUCGUUAAUCAUUCGUGUCAGCCGAAUUGUGAAAUGCAAAAGUGGAGUGUCAAUGGCCAGUCCAGGAUGGCUUUAUUCGCUUUACGGGAUAUUCGACCAGACGAGGAAUUAACUUACGAUUACAACUUUUCACUGUUCAAUCCUGAUGAGGGCCAACCAUGCAAAUGUGGUAGCGCUCAAUGUCGAGGUGUAAUAGGAGGAAAAACGCAAAGAGUUAGACAACUACCAACAAAACCAACAAAGAAUCCGCCCAACACUAAAACGCCGGGAAGAGUAGGAAGACCUCGAAAAACGGAGGCGAAGAAAAAACCGAAUGCCUCGAAAGAAACGAGCACAGUCACGAACAGCGCGGUGCAAGCCACAUCCCAGAUCGUGCCUCAGAUUCAGGUGAAACCGAUGAGCCAUCAGCAGAAGUGCUUUAUCUUGGAGCAUCACUGUUUCUUGUUAAGGAAUUUGACUAAGGUUCGAAAAGUACGGGAUCGAUCGCAAAGCUUAACAUCAAGCAGCACCUCGUCUCGACAACAAUCUGCGCCACCGUCGAACAGCAGCGCAUUUAUAAAUCAAUUAAACGCUUUACAAAAACCGCGAAAUAUUAAAACCAGAAGAAUCGCUCAGGCCGAAGAUGAUCCGGAACUAAAUAAAACCGUCAAAUUGGCCGCGGUUUUAAAAAGUUUCCUGAGUGAGAUGGCAACUGUGAAGGGUGACAAAAGUGAAAGUUUAUGUAGUAGCUUGCAGCAGCUUCCUUCUAAAAGAAAACUUCCGGACUUUUAUCAGAAAGUUCAGGAUCCUAUAGACCUCGGUACUAUUGAACAGAAUGUUGCUACAGGCAUCUAUAAAACGCAUCAGGCUUUUGAAAACGAUAUGGCCAAACUGUUUGCAGGUUUUUUAAAAUAUUAUGCCCGCACAAGUGAAGUUGGUAUUGCCACAGCCAAACUGAAAAAGUUUUUCAUGGAUAACAAACAACGAUAUCUAAGUAAAUUAGUGCCCGCUAAAGAGAAAACUUCAUCGGCAGUAAACAACAAAAAGCAUGAGGAGGAAGAUAUAAUCAGAUGCAUUUGUGGAAUACCCAGAGACGAAGGACUAAUGAUCCAGUGCGAAAAAUGCAUGGUGUGGCAACAUAUUGAAUGUGUGAAAGUCGAGGCGUCCGUUGCCAGCUACCAUUGUGAGGUUUGUGUGCCAAGACCGAUAGAUUAUGAGAUUUCUAUGGACGAAUUCACUGAACAUGGGCAUAGGUACUACAUGACGCUUAUGCGUGGCGAUCUUCAACUGCGUCAAGGCGAUACCGUAUACGUAUUGCGUGACAUCAAUAUCAAAGGCACAAACAAAAAACAUACGUAUGAAACGAUAGGAAAAAUCGACUAUAGCGAGUUGGAUAUUUUCCGAAUCGAGGCUUUAUGGAAAGACAAGGAUACGGGAAAACGGUUUGCCUAUGGACAUCAUUAUUUAAGACCGCAUGAGACUUUCCACGAACCAACGCGAAAGUUUUUCCCGAACGAAGUGAUGCGUGUACCAUUAUACGAAGCCGUUCCGGUCGAACUCAUAAUGGAACAUUGCUGGGUAAUGGACAUUAAUACGUUCUGCAAGGGUAGACCCAUCGGGGCAAAAGAGGAACACGUCUACAUUUGUGAACUGAGAGUGGACAGGGGCGCCAAGAUGUUUAGCAAAGUCGCCAAAAGCAAGUUUCCGAUUUGUACGAAAUCGUUUGCGUUCGAGCGGUUCGAGGAGAGGCUGAAAAUAUCGCGAACAUAUUGCCCGCACGACGUUGACAGUUCUCUUUUGAAAAAUGCGGGCGUCGGACGAAGAAAACUGGAAAAAGAAAAGCCAACGUCAAAAGAUUGCGGGGUGUCUACGGAAACUGUAGCGCAAGCGGCUGUUCCAGCGCCUGUUGCAAAGACACCUGCACAACAAAAGGCCCGUUUAAACAAGAUAUUACUGAAUCUCUUAAGUAAAUUACCAAGUAAGCAAGCAAUUGAUGUAUCUUACUUGCUGGAGGGUUCCCGAAGAAGAAAAAAAGCUGAUACAAAAUAGUUAAUUUCAAUAUUGCAAAAAUUAUGGUUUGUAAUAAAAGGAACGAGAAGCGCGUGUAACCAUCGCGGUGUGAUAUUAUGAAAUCAAGGUACAUCUAUUUAUAUUUGUUUUCUAAAAUUGCGUCCAACAUUUAUCUGAUAUAGUGUAUAGCUUCGGUUUAACAAAUCUGAUUUCCCAAAUUCAAUUUUAAUCAGGGAAAAACAUCCAUUUAAUUGGUUAUUGUUAUAGGCGCUAUUGCUUUCGAGUUAUUUUUUAUAGAACUUUAUCGCACUUGUCUUUUGACCCCUUUGUUUGAAUUUGGGACACCAUGUUUAGAAAUGUUUCAAACGUUCAUGAUUUUAUGGUAAGUCAUUAUUAUUAAAUAAUACAUACACUCACCAUAAAAAUAUAAACAAAACAAGCAAUUAUUGUGUAACUUAAUUAAAUUUCUGUAUAUACGUAUUGAUCAGUUCAUUUUUCUUUUAUUUAUUAACUGUACAAACAAGUUGAAUCUCUUUUCUGUUUUAUUGAUUAACAAUUUGGUUGUUAUUGUUGUGAAAAUUAAUAUAAAAAAGGCGUGUGAAUGAUAUUGUUAAAAAGAAAUAGUAAAUGUUUUAAUUAAAAGUAUGUAUUAUGAUGAGAUGUUAUUUUGUUGCAUAUAAAAUAAUAAAAAUAUUGCCAGCAUUUAUGUAUAUAUCCCUUAAGUAUUAAAGAUCUAGGGCACUUUUUUUCAUUGAGUGAUGCACUCGUAAAGACAGUUUUUUUUCAUCUGAUUUAAAGAAUUUUAGAAAAAAUGGGGUUUUAGUUUAAAUACAAAUAAAUAGAUCUUUUAUUUAUACUUUCUUAUGGCUGGUUAACGAGUAAAAAAGCUUGUUUUUUCAAAAUAUACAAAAACAUUUUGGUUUAAUAAAAUUUCAUCAUCACCCGAAUAUUUUCCUAAUUGUAAUGUAAAUAAUAAUUGUCAAAUGUUGUUAACUUUGGGUCCAAAAUAAAACCAGAAACUAAAAGAUUAAGUCUAGUCAAUGUCUCGUUUUAUCACUAAGAUAUCCUCAGGUACGUUUUUUUUUUUAAUUUGAUAAAAUUGAAUGUACGAUUAAAUAUAAUGAUAAAAUUAAGAAAGAACACGAUAUUUAAAUUUUGUGGGUAAUUGUACACAAAAGUCCAAUUCGGAUGAAUUAGAAACUGGUAAGUUUUGUAACUUUUUAAUAUUUUCUAUUUAUUUGUUUAAAAAAUUUAUGCUAUCCGUACAAUAAAUUGUCCUGAGGAUGAUUUUGUAAUAAAUCGAAAUCUAAUCGACAACUAAAUCUUUAUGUUUAUGCUUUUAUUUGGAACCGAAACUCAAUAUUAUUUGGUCCCAUUCACAAAUAAAGUUUUGUGCAUGCCUAUAUAUUUUUUCAGAAUAAUUAUUUUAAGGGAUGAAACUUUUAUGGCUUAAAUUCAAAAUUAAUAUGCAUAUUCCUGCAACAAAAAAUCUAUAUAAAACGCGCAUUUUGUUAGAUUAUAGCUAGUCAGUAUUGUUGAUUGUAACCGGUCUUUUAAUUAUAGUUUUUAUUUGUACAAAGCAAAACGAUCGUUGUAUUUGCAGUAUGGUUAGGUUCUUUUUUAAUGUUUUAUAUUUAUUAUGGUUAAUUGGAGUUGGGAUAACACAUUGUACAUAAUUUUUCCUU